AAAAUUUCCCUCUUUUUCAUCUUCUGUCUGUGAAGUUUGAUGUUUUGAUGUCAACUUCCAGCCAAAAAUGAUUGGUGAAUGCAAGUGCAGACGGGUCGGGUUUUUUUGAGGUGGGUAUGGGUCGGGCACAAGAAGCCCAACAGAGACAAACAGCAAACUGAUAUGGGCCUAGCAACCCAACUAAGUCGUUCUUCAACAGAUAAACCAGAGUGGCCCUUACCCAACUCAGUCUUCCUUCAAGGCUUCAACAGACGAUCAAUUUUAAAUCAUCUGCCACUCUCUUGUUAACUGAUAUUCACAGCUUGCCUUUAUGGGGAGCAGCAGCUUGGGGAUUCAUCAUUGGUCUGUGUUAGCCUCUCAGCGGGUAAUUCUGCCGCAAAAUUCCGCAAAGCCAUUACAAAAGUUCCAUUCUUUGUCCACAACUGUCACUGUUGCUAGCAUUGCCAACUCCAGAGCUUCGUCUGUGAGGUGCCAUAGAGGUUGCUUUGGCUUCACAGCAUUCAACAGAAAGUCGAGGAAGAGUGUACGAGGCUGUGCUACCAGCCCAUUUGUUGUUGCCAAUGAUGAGAAGUAUGGAAACAAGCAGGUUAUUAGUAUUACUCCACAAGUUUACAAUUACAUUCUUGCCAAUGUUCGAGAGCCAGAGGUUCUACGACAACUUAGGGAGGAGACUGCCUCUAUGCGUGGUAGUCAGAUGCAGGUGUCUCCUGACCAGGCUCAACUGCUUGCAAUGCUUGUGCAGAUUCAUGGGGCUGAGAAGUGUAUUGAAGUUGGUGUUUAUACUGGAUAUUCAUCGUUGGCUACUGCAUUGGUCCUUCCUGAAUCAGGGAGUUUAGUAGCGUGUGAAAGAGAUGGCAGAAGUCUUGAGGUCGCAAAAAAGUAUUAUGAUAAAGCGAAUGUUUCCCACAAGGUGCAUGUUAAAUAUGGACUUGCAGCAGAUGCAUUAAGAUCACUGAUUCUGAGUGGUGAAGCAUGUAGCUAUGAUUUUGCAUUUGUUGAUGCUGACAAGAGAAUGUAUCAGGAAUACUUUGAACUGUUGCUACAACUUGUCAAGGUUGGGGGUCUAAUUGUGUUCGAUAAUGUUCUCUGGCAUGGAAAAGUUGCUGACCCAGAGGUAAAUGAUGCCAAGACUGUCAGCAUUAGAAAUUUCAAUACAAGUAUAAUGCAGGACAAGCGUGUAAGCAUUAGUAUGGUACCCAUUGGAGAUGGCAUGACAAUCUGCCGAAAAAGGUGACCUCAUAACAAAAGUUGAUGCACUUGUUGACUUAGUGACCAAUGCCAUCAAGAAAAUGGUGUGUAGAUAAGUUGUGUUGUGUUUGUUAUUGGUAGCAACAUUUGAAAGGAAAACGUCUUCAAUGUUUGA